AUGUACACUUCGCCCGAGCGCGCAGAAAGCCGUAAGUGUGCAGCAGCAGCAGCAGCACUAACACUGCAGCAGCAGCAGCAGCAACGGCAUGUAACACUGCAGCAGCAGCAGCAGCGGCAUGUAACAGUGCAGCAGCAGCAGCAACAACAGCGGCAGCGGCAGGCACCAUGCAGGCGUCAGCAGCAGCAGCAGCAGCAACAGCUACAGCAGCAGCAACAGCAACAGCAGCAACAAAAUAAUCCUCCCGCUGGGGCCCCAGUGGACCACUGGGCUGUUGGCUUGCUGCUGCUGCGCUGGGGUGUACGUACACCUGAAAACGAGUCCCUUUAUGCGUUCUUGUCUCGCGCUCGCCAGCCUCUCCAGCUGCAGCACGGGGAUCCGAUCCCAGUCCACUCGACUCCCCAGAAAGCCCAGCAGCCGAUUUUGUGGGGCCCCUCACUUUCUUUGGAGGCCCCAGCUCAGGUGUACGUACACCGCAGCAGCUGGCGGCCGCUGCUAAGCCUCAGCAGCAACAGCAGCAGCAGCAGCAGCAGCAGCAGCAGCAGCAGCAGCAGCAGCGCGAGCAGCUCGGACUGUCCUGUGUACACAGCGUGGAGCGCAGCUGCAGAUUCUGCUGCCUUUGAGUCCCCCAAAGUGGAUCCCAACAAUGUCAUUAUGUUUGGAAUUCGACAAAAUCAACUCGAAAAACUGUCCCGGGAUCGUCUCCUCCCCACAUUUUCGAUCCUGGGAUCCGCUCCCCAAGUGCUGUACAGACGCUCCAUAGUGGGCCUUGAGAUGCAGCCCGGCAGCUACUGGAAGUGCACCACAGGCCAGUGGUUUCUGCGUGUGCGGCUGCUGGAACCCGGCCCCGUGGAGGCCCUGGACCCGUACCCUUUGGCCGCCUCCGUGGAGUACCUCGACAGGGCCUCGGGGCCCCAGGGGGCCCCCCUGCCUUUGCUGCUGUCUUUGGGGCCCCUAAACCCUCGGGUGUUUUCUCCCUUUUCUCUCCGCAGCAAUCCGCACUCUCUCCAGGGCCUCAAGGCCACUCUCUUCUGCACCCAGAAGGGGCAGCCGCUCCAGCUCGCCACGGGCUGGCCCUUCAUUGUCACGGAGUUCAGCAGGGGCCCCUGGCGCGCUGAGGUGUCUGUACUUUCUGUAACAUUGCAUGACCCAGUUUCAGAUCCUUCUUGGGAACCUUCAGCUUCUUCAACUGCAGCAAAAGAUUCCUUAAUGGCUCAUGUGACCCUCAAAGUUCACCACCGCGUGGGCCCUGUGAGGGGCCCCCUGGCAGCAAACUACAUUGCUGCAGCAGACAAGGGGCACAACGGGGACUGGGAAGAGUACUUCUGGCAGCAGCAGCAGCAGCAGCAGCAGCAGCAGCAGCAGCAGCAGCAGAGAGAAGGAGAGGCAGGGGAGGGCGAGGCCGUUCUGGAGAUGCCGACGUGGUUGGCCCGGCAGCAGCAGCAGCAGCAGCAGCGGCAGCAGCAGCAGCAGCAGCAGCAAAAGAACGCCGAUGAAGAAGACGUGGUCUGGUUGAAGUGCCCGCGAGCCCCCGCUGUUGUUCAAGUCCCUUUUGGGAGCGUGCUGCGGGGGCUGUCGCCGUCGCUGCGGCGCGCCGCUGCUGCUGCGCUCCGCCCCUUCAAGAAGUGGCGCUCUUUGGCUUUUCUCUCCGCCACUUUUUUUCUUUUUUCUUCUUUGCUGCUGUGGGCCAAAGGCGAGGGCCUCGCGCGCCUGGGAGUGCCUCCGGACAAGAUCCCCCAGGGGCCCCUCGACGUCCCGGGCCAGCUCAACUACUCGGCGGCGCUGGCGAGCGGGAAGGAGCAGUGGGUGCGGAACGUGUUUGGGCAGUCGCCGAGCGGGGCCUUCUUCGGGGCCGAUGGGGGCUACUACGAAACUCCAGAAGCAGCAGCUUCUCUUUCUUUUCCGCAACAAUUCAGCAUUUUGGCAGGAAGUGUCUUUUCCUCUUUGGGGUUAGCAGCAGCAGUGGCCACGGGCCUCGGGCUGCUGGCCACGGCCCUGCGGGGGGCCUCCCGGGGGGCCCGGGGGGCCCGCCAGAAGGCCCACGAGGCCCUCCAGAAGCUUCUCCAGAAGCUUCCUUGGGAGACCCGCAGCCACCAGCUUCUCCACAGGCUGGCCCAGCGCCUUGAGCGGGGGCCCCCCCGCGGCUUCCAGCCCCGCCAG